AUGGAGAAGCUGGCGGCCGGGCUUGCCGGGCUGCGCUGGAGCAUGGGCGCUUUCCCGCUGGACCUCAUCGUCAGCCGCUGUCGCCUGCCCACGCUCGCCUGCCUCGGGCCAGGGGAGUAUGCUGAGGGUGUCAGUGAACGAGAUAUCCUGCUGAUCCACUCCUGCCGCCAGUGGACCACAGUGACCGCCCAUACCCUGGAGGAGGGCCACUACGUCAUUGGACCCAAGAUUGACAUCCCCCUGCAGUACCCAGGCAAAUUCAAGCUCCUGGAGCAGGCUCGGGAUGUGCGGGAGCCGGUGAGAUACUUCAGCAGUGUGGAGGAGGUGGCCAGUGUCUUCCCUGACCGAAUCUUUGUGAUGGAAGCCAUCACCUUCAGUGUCAAGGUGGUGUCAGGCGAGUUCAGCGAGGACAGCGAGGUGUACAACUUCACACUGCACGCAGGCGACGAGCUCACUCUCAUGGGUCAGGCCGAGAUUCUGUGCGCCAAGACAACCAAAGAGCGCUCGCGCUUCACCACGCUCCUGCGCAAGUUGGGCCGUGCAGGGGCCUUGGCUGGAAUCGGCGGUCCCGGGAGUAUGGGGGCCACAGGAGGUGGCGGCGGGGCCGCCAGGCCCGUCAGAGGCAAGAUGCCCUGUCUCAUCUGCAUGAACCACCGCACCAACGAGAGCCUGAGCCUGCCCUUCCAAUGCCAGGGCCGCUUUAGCACGCGCAGCCCUCUGGAGCUACAAAUGCAGGAGGGCGAGCACACGGUGCGCGCCAUCAUCGAGCGCGUGAGGCUUCCGGUGAACGUGCUGGUACCCAGCCGGCCGCCGCGCAACCCUUACGACCUACACCCUGUGCGGGAGGGCCACUGCUAUAAGCUGGUCAGCAUCAUCUCCAAGACCGUGGUGCUGGGGCUGGCGCUGCGCCGUGAGGGUCCGGCGCCACUGCACUUCCUGCUGCUCACCGACACGCCGCGCUUCACUCUGCCGCAGGGUCUGCUGGCCGGGGACCCGCGCGUCGAGCGCCUGGUGCGCGACAGCGCCUCCUACUGUCGCGAGCGCUUCGAUCCGGACGAGUACUCCACUGCUGUGCGCGAGGCGCCCGCGGAGCUCGCGGACGAUUGCGCCAGUCCGCGCCGUGCGCGCCUCUGCCUGCCCGCGCCGCGUGUUCCCGGGUCUGUCCGUGUGCCUGGACCGCCGGGUCGCCUGGGUCCUGCCCUGCCAGCACCGAGCGACAGCGACCAGGAGUACGUGAGCCCUGAUUGGGCGGGUGCGCCCGAGCCCGCGGCCGCGUGCGCCGAGAUCCCCUACGAGGAGCUGUGGGUGCACCAAGGCCCCGAAAGCCUCGCCGACGCCCGUGCACGGCCGCUGACAGGGCCGGAUCUCAUCUCUUUUGGGACCGUGGGGCCCCCACAGCAUGAACCAGAGGCACCACCGCCUCCUGUCCCCCCCAAAUCUGAGGCGGUGAAGGAAGAGUGCCGCCUGCUUCACGCCCCGCCUGUGCCUCCUAGGGGUGGCAGCAGCUGCAGUAGGCUCACAGGCAGCCCUCCAGUGCCGCCCCGCUUCCCCAAGCUGCAGUCUGUCCACUCACCGAGCUCCAGUCUCUCGUACUAUUCCUCUGGCCUGCAGGAUGGGGCAGGAUCCCGCAGUGGCAGUGGUUCCCCGUCACCGGAUGCAUACUCUCUCUAUUGCUACCCUUGCACCUGGGGAGAUUGUAAAGCCAGCGAGUCCUCUAGUCGCCCGCCACCAGGACCCCUACCUUCUACCACCACCCAGCCGCCCAGUCAGGCCUCAAGAGCCCUAGCAGAGCCUUUGAGUGGUCGAACCGCCUCCCUCUUGGGAGCUGACACCCCAGCGGUUAAGAACUACCAUAGCUGCCCGCCUCUGUUUAAACCCUCACGUCCCCAGAAGUCCCUUGCUCCCUUUGGUGCACUCAACCCAUUCUCUGGGCCUGCCCACCCUUCAGGUGCUCCAGCGGCCUCCUCCUCUGGGUCCACAUCCACUUCGGGUGCCCUGGCUACCUCCAGCCCCACACACUCCCCAGGCCCAGGCCCACAGGGCCAAGGUUACUCAGCUGCUCCCUCCUCCUCCUUGUCCUCCUCUGAGUGGCAGGAGCCAGCGCUGGAGCCCCUGGACCCGUUUGAGCUGGGGCAGGCCAGUCCUCCUGAGCUGGAGCUGCUCCGCUGCCAGGAGCCCAGAGCUUCGGGGACACCUGGGUCUGGACAUUGCCUUUCCCCACUUGGUCCGCCCAAGGCCUUAGAGCCGGAAGGUUUGGUGCUGAGGCAGGUCCCUGCCUCACUGUCACCAGCUGCCUUGCAGGGGCCCGAGGCAGGAGGAACCCUCCUCUUUCUUACCCAAGGGUGCCUGGAAGGGCCUCCUGGCAGCCCACGGGAGGGCGUCCCAGGUGCCGGAGUCCGGGAUGCUUCCUCCUGGCAGCCACCAGCAGACUUAUCUGCCCUCUCCGUGGAAGAGGUCUCACGGAGCCUGCGCUUCAUCGGGCUCUCAGAGGACGUGGUGAGCUUCUUUGCCCGAGAACGCAUUGACGGAAGCAUCUUUGUGCAGCUCAGUGAGGACAUCUUGGCUGAUGACUUUCAUCUUACCAAGCUUCAGGUCAAGAAGAUCAUGCAGUUCAUCAAAGGUUGGAGACCCAAGAUCUGAACCGUCUGGCCAGCUGCUGCAC